CCUCUCCCUCUAUCCGCCCCAUCACCAUCAAGGGCAUUUUGUGGACGUCUUUUCCACCAUGUAAGCUAUCACCGCAUCCCGCUUACAAGCUCACUAUCUCCCCCGCAUAAUCAAUUGCGCCGCCUCAGAAUCGAAUCUCGCUGCCACGUCGCCGGACUAAGUGGCGAGCUUAAGUUUUUACGCGUCGGCGGAAUGUCGAGUCGCGCGGCGGGCGGCGGCAAGCCCGGGCGGGAGAGCAAGGGCGAGAAGGGAAACAAGGAGCUCGCCGUAACAGCCGCCGCGUUAGACGCGGCGAUGGAGACACCGCUUUUGGCGGAGGAGGAGGAGGACGAGCUGGAGAUGGCCAAGGCGUGGAAGGCGGUGGAGGCGGUGCGCGUGAGUGUGGAUCUGCCGGCGGCUGCGAAGCAGCUGAUGACGCUGCUGCGGCGCGUCGACCAGCACGGGCGGCUGUACGCGGGGCAGGCGGUUAAAGACGCCAUUAGGAGGUACGAGCAGUGCUGGCUGCGCAUGGCGUACGGGCAACCAGACGACGUGAUGCGCACGCUGCAGCCGCCGCUGGACGUGCAGUGGGUGUGGCUAGUGCACCGCCUCAACCCGGAGGCCUACGCGGAGGAUUGUGACACCAUCCUCGGUCGAUUACUCGAUGGUUCCAUAUUCGACCCCGACGAUGACGACGUGGGCAGUGAGAGCGCACGGGGGGAGGCCGCAGCGGUGGCGGCGUGCCGGGCGCUGUGGGAGGAGCUGUUCCCGCUGGAGCCCUACGAUGCCCCCGGCCCCACUGCUGCUGCUGCUGCUGCUGCUGCUGCGGAUACUGGCAAUGCUGAUGCUGACGGUGGUGGUUCGGGUGAGGGUGUUGGGGAGGAGAGGGGUGAGGGGAGUGAAGCAAGAGAAGGAGAGGGUGCAACUACAGGGGAUGCUGAUGCUGUUGAUGGGACGAGGCAGGGGAAUGGAGCAACAGGAGCACCCGCACAAUCAUCACCAACAGCAGCAGCAGCAGCAGCAGCAGCAGCAGCAGCACCGGCGCCACAGUCAUCACCAACAGCAACAAAUGCAGCAGCAGCAGCAGUGGUGCCGCCCGCCCUCCCCCCAUCCCUCCCCUCGGAGCUAAGUUAUGACCUGGAGGCUGCUGUGGCGCGCCAGAGCAGCUUCUUCUUCCAAGUGGACCGCCCGUGGAUGCUGGCGAGGCAGUACCUGCAGGGGUCGCUGCAGCGCUACCGCAUGUUCCUCAACCUCGUCAUGCUCAACCGCGGGGCGUUCCUCACGCCCACCUACGACAUCGACCUGCUGUGGCACGCGCACAUGAUGUGCACAGCAGCGUACACUAAGGACACCGACUGGCUGCUGAACCGGCUUCUAGGCCACGACGACUCAGACGCCAUGCCGGUGGCAGCAGCAGCAGCCGCCGCCGCCUCAACCAGCAACACCAUCGACAGCAACACGCGCAAGCGCCUCGAGUGGGCCUACCGAGCCACGGCGCAGCUCUGGGACCGAACCUACGGCUCCCCGUUCGACCGAGCCGGAGCCAUGUUCCGAGGCCCGGCGCCCGUGCCUCUGAACCCCCCGCCGGUGGUGGCGCCGCGGCGAGUUUUGCCGCUGGAAGGGGGGGAAGGGGAGUUUACCAUAGCCGAGCUGAAUGCUGGGAGGGGGUUGGAGCCGAGAAUGACAGUGGAGGUUGAUUUUAUGGUGUGGAGCCUGCUGAAUUUCCAUGCUACGAAUCCUGAGAAUUUGUUCUUGUUGAUCCGGACGAAGCGCGCCGCCCAUGAUUUCUCGCUGCGCACGCGCUCGCUGCCCGCCCGCCCAGGCUGCCGCCCGCCAGCGUGGCGGCAGCGGUGGGCAUUGGAGGCUGAGCUGGCAACAGCUGGACUCCAUUUUGAGCUGAGAGCCGAGUCAGGGACUUUCUGGGGGGGCUGUGGGGGCCGCGGCUGGUUGGGAGUGGAGGGAUUACCUGGGGGGAGGUGUUAUCUCGCCCGGCUCUACUGGUGGAUAGACAGGUGGUACUGGCGCCAGUAGAUCUGCUCACUGCCGUGGGGAUCAGGGGGGAUGGGGAC